AUGAGCUCUCAAAUUUGCGUGCGAAGCUUGUUGACUUGCGGCUCCAGAGUUUUCAUAGCAGAACGGAACAACGCUUGGAGAGCCAGUUUGGGGAAAGUUAGCCGGAAAGACUAUCUUCACAAAUAUCAAGUCAAAUUCAUUCGGCCUGAUGGAUCGACGAUUAUGGUGCCGGCUAGCGAACCGAGACAGACUUUCCAAUCAGCUGUCGACUUGAAGCAACUGAGCGAAGAAGAGCGACGACAGCGGCUGGCAGCACGCAAACCGAAAGCCAAGAUUACCAAAACAGAAGUUAUCGAUGACACUUUUGAUGAGAGCGAAUAUAUGAAGUUUUGGUCAGCGCCGGGGAGUCAAGAGAGCCAAGAUAACGAUCAGCCAGAGAAGAAAACACAAAAGAAAGCUAAAAAUUGA